AGCUUUUCCCACAAAUCAUUUCUAUUUAUUUAAUCAUAGCACGGUCUUUUACGCGGCCCAUCAGAGGCCCAAAGCUUCCAAUGAGGCCUCAACAAGCCCAACAGAAGCAUGAAAACCGAGUCCGAGCAAGUUCGCGCGAACUCAAGAGUGAAGACGCAAGCAGAGAAAGAAAGAUGCAGAAUCAGCGGGAGGAAGAAGAGCAAAACAAUGAUGCAAACAAGAAGAAGAGUUCGGUGGUCAUAAGAAUACCUUCUUAUCAAGAAGUCGUUGAAAGUUCGCAGGCCAAAUCCACUCCAUCUUCUCUCUUCGUUCCCUCCCAAACAUUCUCCCAAGCUUUCGCGUUCGUCAAAUCCUCCGAGUUCUACGCUCCUCCUCCUCCUCCACCUUCAAGGGAAACUAGUCAAUCCGACGCUCCAUCUUCAACGUCGACAUCAUCUCCUGCUGCUGCAGCUUCAUCAACGUUACCGUCCUCUCACCACACUCAAAGUCGCAAUUCAAUUCUCGUCAGCCACAGACAGAAGGGAAAUCCCUUGCUUAAACACAUUAGGAAUGUUAGAUGGGCGUUUGCUGAUAUUGUUUGUGACUACUUGCUUGGCCAAAGCUCCUGUGCUCUCUAUCUCAGUCUUCGCUAUCAUCUUCUGCAUCCGGAUUACUUGUAUUAUAGAAUAAGGGAGUUGCAGAAGAAUUUCAAGCUUCGUGUGGUUUUAUGCCAUGUUGAUGUGGAAGAUGUAAAAAAGCCUCUGCUUGAAGUUACAAAAACAGCUUUGCUUCAUGACUGUACGCUCCUAUGUGGAUGGAGCCUGGAGGAAUGUGGGCGUUACUUGGAGACCAUUAAAGUCUAUGAAAACAAGCCUGCAGACAUUAUUCAAGGCCAAAUGGAUACAGAUUAUCUAUCACGUCUAACACAUGCCCUUACAACAGUUCGGCAUGUUAACAAGACUGAUGUCGUCACCCUUGGUACCACAUUUGGGUCUCUUUCUAACAUUAUUGGUGCAUCUAUGGAAGAUCUAGCUCGUUGUCCUGGUAUAGGAGAGCGCAAGGUCAAGCGCUUGUUUGACACUUUUCAUGAACCCUUCAAGCGUGUGGAAUCCAGCCGGCAAGCCAUACCAGAGACCUCUGUCCUGAACAAGCCAGCUAGUCCGGUCUCAUCGAUCAGGAACGAUGCUGAAUCUUCCUCCUUGAUUGAAGACAAGCAGGAGGAUAUAGAAGAUGUGAGCAAACGUAGGAAGAUAGAACCUGAAGUUACUGUAAAAUCUGCCCUUUCUGCAGCUUUUGCCAAAUAUUCUGAUAGAGUUGGAAAGAAGAAAAGCACUUCACAAGUGGAGGAAAAAGGAGAAUCAAUUGUUUGCAAAGAAUCAGAAGCUGAAACAUAAAAUGUGUCUAUGCAUGUGUAAAGGGGAAACAUCUGUAACAAAUGAAGAGGCAGUUAGUUGUAAUAUGAUAGCUGUUAAGUAGUUAGGAGGUUUUUAAUCAAAUGGGAACGACGAGUAAAGAGGGUUAAGGGGCAGAGUCAUAAGGGUAGAAAAAACUUGGUUGUUCAGAUAAGUUGGGAGGGGGAGUUGGAACUCUUGAAUAUCCUGAUUUGAGAGAUAUUCUCAUCUUUGUACAUUUUGCCUACAUCGUUUUCUUGAUUCUGAAUCCACAUUGGGAUUUUUUGUUAA